ACGCAGGCACGCACACACCAUCCAUCCACACCGGGAGCGCGCUCCUCGCUGGCCAUUGUCCUCCCUGCUUCGCUUCCAACAGCCAUUCCACCCAGCGCCUCUCCUUGCCGUUUUCCCCCCAGUGACAUCAAGCCUGGGGGGGAUCUGGACCCACAGCCCUCUUUUUCAUCUCAUGGAGCGAGGGGGCGCCGGGGCCUAAGCAGCCCCUAUUAUUGCCCCCCCCCCCCUCUAUUCUUCAUCCCCCGACCAAGAUGGCUUGAUUGCCCCUGGUACAAGGAGCAGUGUUUCCUUUCCAUCUUUUGGUUGUUGUUUUGGAGGGCCCUGGCCACCCCCCGCUGAAGGAAUGGACUGAUCCAGACAGGCGAGCGUGGGGAUCCGUGGGCUGGGAUGUGGCGGCGGGCUGCUGCUGUGCCUCGGGCGGCCCUGGCCCGGCGGUCCAGAGGAGGAAGAGCCUGUUUUGUUGUUGUUGAAGGAAUGGACCCUUCCGGAUAAUUCCCUCCCUCCCUCCUUCAAAAGGGAGGAGGCAGGGGAUUCCUGCUGCUGGGAUCUCAGGAUGGAAAUGGACUGAUCCAAGGGGGGAAUCUGACAAUGCCUCCCUUUAGCACUGGGAUCAUGGGCCAUCACCGGGCACGUCGCCGCUGACCCAGUUUCCCCCUCCUUCAUCUCCAUCUAAAGAUGGCCAGUGCCAAUGAGACUGAAGAGGCCCACGGCUCAGCACCCCAUGCAGCCUCCACCUAUGCCAAGCUGUUGCUUCUGGGACUCAUAAUCUGCGUGAGUCUGGCAGGGAACCUAUCCCUCUCGCUGCUUGUGUUGAAAGAACGUGGCCUCCACAAGGCCCCCUAUUACUUCCUGCUGGACUUGUGCCUGGCUGACGUGAUCCGCUCAGCUGUCUGCUUCCCUUUUGUCCUUGUUUCGAUCCGCCAUGGCUCUGCCUGGACCUACAGUGUGCUGAGUUGCAAGAUCGUGGCCUUCAUGGCUGUCCUUUUCUGUUUCCAUGCUGCCUUUCUCCUCUUCUGCAUCAGUGUCACGCGCUACAUGGCUGUGGCCCACCACCGCUUCUAUGCCAAACGCAUGACCUUCUGGACGUGCAUAGCUGUCAUCUGCAUGGUGUGGACUUUGUCAGUAGCCAUGGCCUUCCCGCCAGUCUUUGAUGUUGGGACUUACAAGUUCAUCCGUGAAGAGGACCAGUGCAUCUUUGAGCACCGCUACUUCAAAGCCAAUGACACUCUGGGCUUCAUGCUCAUGCUAGCUGUUCUGAUCUUUGCCACCCACGUGGUUUACAUCAAGCUCCUUCUCUUUGAGUAUCGCCAUCGUAAGAUGAAGCCUGUCCAGAUGGUCCCAGCCAUCAGCCAAAACUGGACGUUUCACGGGCCUGGAGCCACAGGCCAAGCUGCGGCUAACUGGAUUGCUGGCUUUGGCCGUGGCCCCAUGCCUCCCACCUUGUUGGGCAUUCGGCAGAACGCCCACGCUGCCAACCGGCGCUUGCUGGGCAUGGAAGAAUUCAAGGCUGAGAAGAGGCUAGGUAGGAUGUUCUACGUCAUCACUUUGCUCUUCUUGGUUCUCUGGUCACCCUACAUCGUGGCCUGCUACUGGAGGGUAUUUGUCAAAGCCUGUAGCAUCCCCCACCGCUACCUCUCCACAGCUGUUUGGAUGAGCUUUGCCCAAGCGGCUGUCAACCCUAUAGUUUGCUUUCUACUCAACAAAGACCUCAAGAAGGGCUUGAUUGCCCACAUUCCCUGCUGGAGGACAGAGCCUGAACUACCCAGAGAGCCUUACUGUGUGAUGUGAGCAGUGCUGAGGGUUUGGUUGGAAGGCAUCUGCCUGUGCCAAACAGAAUUUGGGUUUCUUUAUUCCUUUCUUCUUUCACACCACACGAGAUGCCAAAUGAUGGGUCGUUUUUCUUCCCCUGCAACUUUGGUGAUGGGUCCCCGGAGUAUUUGGUGUCACAAACAGACUGAUCUCUCAGUUAUCCUAGGGCAAGCAUUCCACCUGUUAACUGCAGUGAGAUCAGAGCUGGAUUCUGGUCUCACCACCCCUGGGGUAAAUCUAGAGCCAUAUGAUGACAGUAACUGGUCCCCAGUCGUAUUCUAGCCAGUUCUUCAAGGAGGUGUAUUUCACGGAGCUUUUUCAAAAGUAGUCUUCAAGUUCUAUUAAUAUGCUUAAUAGAACUUAAUUUUCAGACACCUCAAAAAUCACAGCGCCAAAAUACAAGAUUUCUUAAUGCCCAUUGUUUCUCUUAUCUGUCAAUUCUAAGGUAUGUGUAGUGUCACUGAAAGGAGACUGAGUCAGAUAUUUGGGCUUAGAAGGAGCCAUUCCACUCAGUAGCCCCAGCAAGGCUG